AUGCUGAAAGAAGAAUGUAUUCUCGAUUGUUCAAAAUUAGUAACAUUUGAUAUAGAAACAAAAUUAAUAACUGAAAAACUAGAUCAUUGGUAUUUAGAUAUGAAAAAAAAUCUUAUGAAUGAAUUUGAUAAAUUACGUUUACGAUUUCUAGAAGAAGUUCAACAAAAUAUUCUACAUGAAAAAGAAAUUCAAGCAAAAGAAUAUAUCUGUUUGAAUCAAGAUAUUAAAAUUAUGUGUGAAAUAUUAAUACAUUAUAAAAAUAUUAUUGAUCAAAAAGAACAAACAGAAACAAAUCUUCAUAAAUCAUUAAAUGUACUUUAUAAUAAAACUAUUUUAUAUCAUCAUUAUUAUGAAUGGCGUAUAAUUUAUAUUGAAAAACGACAACAAAAAUAUUCAUUAUUAUUAGCAAAAGAUUUUUAUGAAAAAAAAAUUAAAAAAAAAGUAUUAAACAAUUGGAAACAACUGAUUGAACGAGAAUGGAAAAAACAUUUUGAAUUAAUAUAUAAAAAAAAAUCAAAAAUUAUUCUUAAUGAAUUAAUUAAUCGAUAUGAAAUAAAAUAUAAACAAUUAGAAUUACAAUUAUUAAAUGCAAAUGAAGAAAUAACUCAAUUAAAACUUAAUCGAAAUAUACAUGAUGAAACACUUAAAAAAUCUUUUAUGCGUGGUAUUUGUGCUUUAAAUAUGGAAGCUAUGUCUGUAUUAUUUAAAGAUAGACAUGAAUAUGAUACAAUAACUAAUGAAAACCAACAACGAGACUAUUACAAACAAAGAAACGAUGACAAUAUUGAUGAAGGUGUAACAUUAACAGGCUCAUCAAUAAUUAAUGAUGAAGAAAAUGAUUUAAAAUAUUCAUCUCAUUAUCAUACACAUCCAAGAUAUGUUCAUAAAGAUUAG